AUGUUGUUUGACCAUUAUUUGGCAGUGGUUCGAUGGACUCCAGACUUUGCAUCUCCUCUUGCAAAAGUGAAGAAGACUCUGCUUUGGAUUCUAUUUUCAGGGCUUAACUUAUUGUAUUAUGAUGAAAGUAUCUUUCUUGAUUUGGCAUCUGUUAUGGGUACUCAUGUUAAGGUCAAUGUUAAUGGUCAUUGGUACAACGUGCAAUAUGAAGGUCUCCACAUUAUUUGCUCUAAUUGUAGUUGUUAUGGACAUCACACUUGUGAUUGUAAGAAAACACCACAUGAUCUGACACGGACGGUCAUUCCUACGGUGGCGCAACCAAGAGGUCUACCGAAAAACGAUGAUGUCUAUGAGCAAAGACUAAUAGAACUAUAUUAUAAAGUGGACGAUGAUGGUGCCAAAAUUGUAGCAAAAGAUUUCAGAGAAAUAAAUACAGUUCAUGAUGAUUGGCUGGUGGUGCAGAGGAAAAAUCGCAACAAAUGA